AUCGAGCAGGAGUUCCCCUUCUAUUGCUUUUUGCCUGCUGUGAAAUGGGAAAAGAGGAGGCGGGAUUACUGUGGGCCUGGUAUUGACGGUUAUUUGGAUGAGACGGGGCUGUAAUUCAAUUUCCAGCAAAGGCACUGCCCGUUGCAUACAAGUCAGACAGUGCCACUGGAUUUAAUUGGCUAAGUUUGUGAGUAUACAAGUUUGACUGCAGUUUUCAUUACUAGUGAUCCUGCACACGUCUUCGUACUUUGUGCAUAGUUCUGGUAAGAACGUGAGGAAAAAAUCACGACACUGUGGAUUACCAUCUGUUUAUCAAUACUCUUCGAUGUAAUGUUGUAAAGUAACAUGGUUCUGGUGAAUGGAUGAUACAGAACCUGACCAAACUGUUUCUGAGAGUAAUUUAUAAUAUAUACCGGGAUUCAUUAUGGAGAACCUGCCACAAGCUACAGGUGGGGAGGACCCCAACAAAAACGGGAAAAGAAAACCGAAUGAAGACGACAGUAAAAACAAACCUAAAUUGAACAUACACAUAAAAACUUUGGCUGAUGAUGUGCGGGACAGAAUCACCAGUUUAAGGAAAUCUGUUCCCAAGCGUGAGAAGCUUCUCAUUCAGCACCCGACAGACCCGCUGACCAUUGCCAACGAGCUGCCCGCCCCGCAGUCCCUCUUCGACGAGCGAUCCAUGAACCUUUCCGAGAAGGAGAUCUUCGACCUCUUUGAGAAGAUGAUGGAAGACAUGAAUCUCAAUGAGGAUCGCAAGGUUCCACUGCGUGGGAAAGACUUGAGCAUCAAAAGAGAGAUGGUUGUCCAAUACAUCUCCGCAACUGCCAAAUCUGGAGGCCUGCGGAACAGCAAGCACGAGUCUACGCUGUCAUCACAGGAAUACGUGCACGAGUUGCGCUCCGGAAUCACAGAUGAGAAGCUCCUCAACUGCCUGGAGUCUCUGAGAGUCUCUUUAACCAGUAACCCUGUAAGCUGGGUUAAUAACUUUGGACAUGAAGGUCUGGGGCUGCUGCUGGAUGCUCUGGAGAAGCUGCUGGACAAAAGACAGCAAGAAGGAAUUGACAAAAGGAAUCAGCACAAGCUUAUCCAGUGUCUCAAGGCGUUCAUGAACAACAAGUAUGGCUUGCAAAGGAUACUGGGAGACGAGAGAAGUCUUUUGCUUCUGGCCAGAGCUAUUGACCCAAAACAAACCAGCAUGAUGACAGAAAUAGUGAAAAUACUCUCUGCCAUUUGCAUUGUUGGAGAGGAAAACAUACUUGAUAAGAUCCUGGCAGCCAUGACGAUUUCAGCUGAGCACAAUAAUAAAGAACGCUUCGCUCCUGUUGUGGAGGGGUUGGACAACCAAGAAGCGCCCCAGUUACAGGUGGCAUGCAUGCAGUUAAUCAACGCCCUGGUCACCUUUCCAGAGGAUCUGGACUUCAGGAUACACCUUCGGAAUGAGUUCCUACGCUGUGGGCUGAAGAAAAUCCUCCCUGAGCUGAAAGAGACGGAGGAACUUGAUAUCCAGUUGAAGGUGUUCAAUGAAAACAAGGAGGAAGAUUUAAUUGAAUUAAAUCACCGGCUUGAAGACAUCCGAGCUGAAAUGGAUGAUAUGAACGAGGUCUACCAUUUACUGUCCAACAUGGUGAAAGAUACAGGGGCAGAGAAUUACCUUCUUUCCAUGCUGCAGCAUCUCCUCCUCAUCAGGAAUGAUUAUUACAUUAGGCCGCAGUACUACAAGGUGAUUGAAGAAUGUGUUUCCCAGGUCGUGCUUCACCGCAGUGGGAUGGACCCUGACUUUGCAUACCGAGGGAGGCUGGACAUUGACCUCACUCACCUUGUUGAUAUGUGUGUGGAUAAAGCAAAAGUGGAAGCAAGUGAACAAAAGGCAUCCGAUUUUUCCAAAAAGUUUGAUGAAGAGUUCACAGCUCGACAGGAGGCGCAGGCUGAGCUCCAGAAACAAGAGGAGAAAGUCAAAGAGCUGGAAGCACAGAUCCAGACACUGCAGGCCCAGGAAAAGGUUAUUUCUCGUCAGGAUCCCACCCCCGACCCCCCACCUAGGGUGUGGGGAGGGGGUGGAGGUCCUCCACGGGGGGGAGGGGGUCCUCCUCCCCCACCUCCCCCGGGGGGAGGGGGUCCCCCUCCCCCUCCUCCUCCCCCCCUCCACUGCGGGAUUCGCCCCCCACCACCAACCCCACCGCCACCCCCAGGGGGUCCAGGGGCACCCCCACCUCCACCCAUGUUCGGAGGUCCCCCCCCACCUCCUGUUAUCAAACUGCCUUAUGGACUCAAGCCUAAGAAGGUGUACAAGCCUGAAGCUCCCAUGAAGAGAGCUAACUGGUCCAAGAUUGUGCCUCAGGAAAUGACAGAAAACUGUUUCUGGAUUAAAGUCAAAGAAGAGAAGUUUGAGAGCCCUGAUCUCUUCGCUAACAUGACCCUCCUAUUUGCCACCAAGACCAAAGUGAAAAAGGAUUUGGAUGAGCCAGAUGAUUCCAGGGCUCCACAGAUAAAGAAAAAAGUGAAGGAACUGCGCAUUCUGGACCCCAAAACAGCCCAAAACCUGUCUAUCUUUCUGGGUUCAUUUCGCUUGCCUUAUGAAGAGAUCAGAGACAUCAUUCUGGAGGUGGAUGAGGAGAGGCUGAGCGAAGCGCUGAUCCAGAACCUGAUAAAGAACCUGCCGGAACAAAAGGAGCUGACUGCUUUAGCGGAGCUGAAGGACGAGUACGAGGAGCUGUGUGAAUCAGAGCAGUUUGGCAUCGUGAUGAGCUCGGUGAAGCUGCUGCGGCCCCGGCUCAACGGGAUCCAGUUCAAGCUGACGUUCGAGGAGCAGUUCAGCAACAUCCGGCCUGACAUCAUGAACGUGACCUUCGCGUGCGAGGAGGUCAAGAAGAGCGAGAACUUCACGAGGCUGCUGGAGCUGGUGCUGUUGGUGGGGAACUUCAUGAACUCUGGCUCCCGCAAUGCACAAACAUUUGGCUUCAACAUUAGCUUCCUCUGCAAGCUUCGAGACACCAAGUCUGCUGACCAAAAGACGACCCUGCUGCACUUUCUGGCUGAUAUGUGCGAGAAGAAACAUUCAGACAUUCUGAAGUUUACUGAUGAGCUGACACACGUGGAGAGUGCCAGUAAAGUCUCUGCCCAGAUCCUGAAGGCCAGUCUCGACACCAUGGAGCGACAAAUCCAGCGCCUGGAGAAUGACAUCAAAAACUUCCCCAAUAAUGACAACGAUCCUGAUAAGUUUGUUCAAAAGAUGGCUGGCUUCUCCAAGUAUUCGCGGGAGCAGUUCGAGAAGCUCUCCAUCAUGCACAAGAACAUGCAGAAGCUCUACGAGAGCCUGGGCAGUUACUUCGUCUUUGACCCGCAGGUCGUCAGUAUCGAGGACUUCUUUGGGGACCUCAGCAACUUCCGCUCCCUCUUCCUGGAAGCUGUGAAGGAGAACAACAAGAAAAGAGAGAUGGAGGAAAAGAUCAAGAGAGCCAAGCUGGCGAAAGAGAAAGCUGAGAGAGAGAAGCAGGAGAGACAGCAGAAGAAGAAGCAGCUGAUUGAUAUGAACAAAGAAGGAGACGAGACUGGUGUGAUGGACAGUUUAAUGGAGGCGCUGCAGUCAGGGGCUGCGUUCCGUGACCGGAGAAAACGAACGCCUCGAAAUGGUGAGCAAAACCCACCCAGCCCGACAUCGCGGUGGCCAUUUGCUAAUAAGGAUAACCGACGGCCAGUUUUGGAAAGGUCACGUUCACGUCACAAUGGAACCCCUUCUGCUGUAUGAUUUUCCCAACCUCCCCUCAACAAAGUGCCAAAGAGACAGUGCUGGGAUGUGAAGAGCUUUGAACAGACAUCAACAUCAUCACCAUCAUAAAACAGAAGUGAACUAAAUAGUUAUGGGCUUGAAAGAGGACCUGCAGAAAGCAAGAGGAGGAUCAAGAAAGUGGAAUGCAAUGUUUGGUCAUGCUGAUGGACACAUAUCCUGAGCCUUACAUAUGGAUUGUGUUUCUUUUCUUUUUUUAAAUUGAAUGCAUUAAGAGUGACACGUCUGUCUAUUCCUGGCUUACUUGAUGGUGUAGAUGUGCAGAGGUGCUUUCUAUGCCAAGUGAGUGUAAGUCUGCAUGGCUUCUUGUGCCUGCUCAUCAAUAGGAUUUAUAGGUUGCUUGCUCUGGUACCCUUUUUCAGUUCUUUCUUUUGAAUUUUAGCACUGUGCCAAGACUACAGCCUGUAAUUUAGAGGCACAUAUUGUAUUCUAAAUAACAUUAUGCUAUCUUAAAAAAAAAAAAAAAAAGAAAUGUGUUUAUUAUUUGAGUUUGAAUUGCUAAACCGAACAAUUUUAUAGAAAGCUGGUUUUCAACAAAAUAGGGAAGGUUUGACACACAUUAGCCUAACAUGCAAGACAACGACUACAGCCGUUUGCUACAUUGACUAAUACUCUAAUGUAUGGGUAUGUCUGGUGCUGUGUCUUGUGGUCUGACUGUAUCUCCUUUAGCCACUGGUAAAAUGACUAUGUGCCUGUUUACUGAGAUGGAAUGGAUGACAGCCGUGGUGAAAGUGAAAGCUCAGAUUGAGAAUGAGAGUCUGUGGAAUGCGUCGUCUUUUUUUUUUUUUUUUAUUUAAAGUAACAAGUAGCAUUGGACAAUAUUACAUACAAAUAUUUUAAAAGUAUUGUUAAGGUUUAUCAUCACUGACCUAUUCUUGCAAGAUGAAAAAUGUAUAAAGAUACUGUACGCAAAAUAUAAUAAUAAUAAGGGUUUCAGAAUUUACAUUUCACACAGUUGAAAUGAAUUAUGUCAGCUUUAGGGUCUUAAUCAUAGGUUCAGGAACCUACACAGCCACUACUAAAUUCAAAGUAUUUACUUGUGUUUAGUUUUUUAACAGCCCCAAGCAGUUCUGACUUCUUUGGAUGUGCACAGUGGGGCAGAUCCACAGCCAGACACUUCUUUCCAAGUCUAAAACAGUAUAACGACAGGAGUUUGAAACAACAUGGCGCCUGUCUUUAGGAGGGAUCAUUAACAGCCCCCUACACAGAAUUUCAUCUUCCCUUUGGGCGAAAGCAGCCAGCUACCAGUGUUAAGCAAUUCACAACAUUAUUAUUAUCAUGAAGCCUCUGGCAACAUAAAUCACGCUUUAAAAGUAAUCAAAACAGAUGCUUUGCAAAUAGAAAUAACUCUCUCUGUCUCAUAUUUGUGGGCAGAUAACACACAUUGUUAAUGUUAACACACAUUGCUAAUGCAAGCAGCUUGUAAAGGGAAACCCGUACAGUUUUAUAUCUUUCAUUAGUGUAGAUUGUAAGCUCUUACAUAAGGAGAAUCGUAUUCCUUUCUUUUCACAUAUAGAUGCCAAGCAGACACAUUCAUUAUGUACUGAAGAGCACCAGACAAACAUAAAUGAACAAUCACAGCAGUUGUGCAUGCAUGCACAGGCAUUUUACAACAUGUACAGUGCACACAUGCAGCACUGUCCGAUUCAUUUAUUAGACCCCUCCGCCCCCUCACCACGCACACAUUUCAAUUACACAUGAAAACACAGUUUGGCAUGAUGGUGUGCUUCUGUUUUUUUGGCCUCUCUUUAAGAGGUCAGUGUGGCAGAAGAUCUUGUCUGUAUAAGAUGAACUAUGCAUGCCUAUGGAAGCAUGCCAAGAGCUUGUCAGAGAGCAAUUAGGAAACUACAUUCACAGAGAACCGCAGUCACGUUUCCAGUAACUAACUAGACGAUACACUCAGGCCGGUACAUAUAUACAAAUACAUACAAGUGUUUACUUGGAUAACAAGUACAGAAGUGAUGGGGUUGUAAAACAAAUGCAUUCAAAAGUGCAACAAUGAGUGACCAGAUGUGUACAUGACAUCUGACUGCAUUAUUAAUGUAUAAUACUGAAGCUGGCUUUUUACAUUGAUGAAGCAGUGACUGGAAAUCACAAAAAAUAAUCUUCACACUCACUGAAAAUUAUUAAUGUUCCUCAAUUGUAUUGAACCAGUUAAAACCAGGCAAAAUGAGUGCAUUUUAAAGAGCAGCUUAGUAGGGGCAUAAAUGCCUGUUAGUUAAUGUACUAGUGUUGUUGUUUACAGCUAUGGCCAAAAUUUUUUUGUGUGU